UGAACUCAACUUUAGAAGGUAUAAUGCAUUAAAACACAUGACAAACAAGCAAUUUCAGCUGUAACAAGGAAUCUGCAUAUAUUAUAAUGCAUUUGAACCCUCAUAAUGCAUUAAACGCCUGUAUACAGCCAGGUCUGUUUGAAAUGGUUGAACAUGAGCUUAUAGAACAGUCAUAACUUAAUAUUUUUCAGCUAAACCCAUAUUGUAUCUGAUCAGUAGCUUCUCAUUUAUGAGUCAAUGUGCAGAAGUUUUAAAAGUUUUGAAUGUGACCUUGUUUUUACCAGGAUAUUACUACAUUUACCCCCAUUUUAUUACUUAAAAACAAAGAGAAAUUCUUUGAAAUUUAAAAAGUUUCAUUAACUACAGAAAAAUCCAGUGAUGCAAGACAAUAUUUAUAUAUAUAUUGCUGUCCUCUCUUUUGUAUUGUGAUGAAUAUCCCACUUAAAAAUGUAAAUGUAAGAAAAAAAAUGUAGGGCAGUGAAUUUGUUCUGCAUCAGUUACAUUACAAAAUUCAGCCAUUUCACAUUUUUUUCACAUUUUCCAAGUAUUGAAACAGCAAUAACUACAUAAAAUGAAAUAACAAAGGUUGACCAUCACAAACAUGUUUAAAAUUCACGUUUAAAAACAACUAAACAUUCAUAUUGUAACAUUUGAUGUGAUGUAUCAGACAUUAAUAAGAACUGGAUCCGUACUGAAGUAAACAGAAAUCCGGGACUUUUAUUUUGAUAACGCGUCGUCACGUCACGCAGUUCCGGCUGCAGCGUCGCUGUCAGCAGCACCAUGACAACAGCAGGUCGAGCGAGAGGAGCGGAGAUGUGUUGAGCGGUUCUGCUUUACCUCACAUUACUGGAGCCAGUCUGACAGGAUGUCUCUGUUCAAGGCUCGUGAUUGGUGGGCGUUGACGCUGGGCGAGGGGGAGGAGUUUGACCAGGGCUGUCUGUGUGUCGGGGAUGUGGAUAACAGUGGCAGUGGAUACGAUAAGAUAGUAGUGGGCAGUUUCAUGGGGAUGUUGCGCAUCUUCUCUCCACACCCUGCUAAACCGGACGAGCUGACGGAAGCUGACGCGCAGCUGCUGGAGGUCCAGUUCCCUGAGCCCGUCAUUCAGGUGGAGCUGGGCAAGUUCGUCUCCUGUUCAGAGUUGCUCCAUCUGGCAGUGCUUCACCCCAGGAAGCUGUCCGUCUAUGCGGUGUCAGGUACUGCUGGUAAUGUUGAACAUGGUGACCAGUAUCAGCUGCGACUGGUUUAUGAACACAACCUACAGAGGACAGCCUGCAACAUGACGUAUGGCCCGUUUGGGGGUGUGACAGGUCAUCAUUUCAUCUGUAUCCAGUCCAUGGAUGGGAUGCUGAUGUUUUUCGAGCAGGAGAGUUAUGGUUUCGGACGCUUCCUGCCGGGCUUCCUGUUGCCCGGCCCGCUGAGCUACUGUAUCCGCACAGACUCCUUCAUCACCGUCUCCUCCUCACGGCAGGUGGAGUGCUACAGGUAUGAGACGCUGGCUGUAGCCACAGAUGCAGACACCCGACAAGACUCCGAUCAGCAGAGCAAGAGCUCAGGGAAGAGACUGACGGCUGACUGGACACUGGUGUUAGGAGAAGAGGCUCUAGAUAUCUGUGUGCCCAACACAUCUCCAGUGAUGUCCUCCAUCUUUGUGCUGGGGGAGAGAAACUUGUUUUGUCUCAAGGAUAAUGGUCAGAUCCGCUUCAUGAAGAAACUGGAGUUCAACCCCAGCUGUUUCCUGCCCUACGCAUCAGUUUCCGAGGGUUCCACCAACGUCCUGAUGUGUAACCAUAACAACAUGCUGCUGGUGUACCAGGAUAUGACGCUGAAGUGGGCGGCCCAGCUGUCCUGUGUGCCUGUGACCGUACGCGUCGCUAACUUCCCGGAGCUGAAGGGUUUGGUGGUGACGCUGAGCUCUGACGGCCGGCUCCAGUGCUCCUACAUGGGCACGGACCCGUCCUUCUUCACCGCACCCAAAGUGGAGGCCCGCGAGGUCAACUAUGAUGAGGUGGACACGGAGAUGAAGGUGCUGCAGAAGGUUAUUCGCGAGGCCACCAGAACUCAAGACAUCCUCCCGAGGGCAGAGACAGAAGAAGAGCUCAGUCUGACCGCCGUCGUCUCGUCUAAGCUGGACGAAGUCUCGUGUGCUGUCAUGGCGGAGAUGAACGGCAUGCCCGUCCCCUCUGUCACAGUCCAGGUGAAGAUCAGGAGUCGCACUGCGGUGCAGAGCCCGAAGAUGACGGUGUGUGUUCAGCCGCCUCUGGCCGUCACACAGGACCAGUUCGUGCUGGACUCCAUGGGCAGUGGCUGUGAGUCAGUGGUGAGGUUCUCUGCGUUUCUGAACGGCCUCUAUCCUCCGGCGGAUAUGAGCGGAGACAUCGCUGUGUCCUACAGCUCGGCUACAGAGCUCAACCCCGCAGGAAUCCCUCGAGUGUCUCAGUGUAGAUUCGUCCUGCCUCUCCGGUUAGUGUGCUGCCCGUCCUCAGCGAUCAAGAAUGGCAAGUACAAGAUCACCAUGGACACCAACAAACCUCCCGUCAACCUCAGUGACGUUUUCCCAGACUUCUCUGAGAAGUCAGAGAAUAACGACAGCAGUGCUUUGGGCUUCCAGCUCAUCACAGGCUCCAGGGUCAUUGUCCUUGCCUCCAAAACCUCCCAGCGUUACAGGAUCCAGAGCGAGAGCUUUGAGGACAUGUGGCUGGUGGCCAAGGAGCUGGUGCAGCGCUUCGACCGGCACUUCGCCUCCCUCGGAGUCAAAGACUUUCGAAACAGCUUCACUGGACCGGUUCCACUGCCGGAGUACUUUGAGACCGUGGACCACCACUUUGAGCUCCGUGUGAAUGCACAGAAGUAUCAGGAUUUACUGUCGGAGAGAGCAGUCCAGUUCAGGGCCAUCCAGCGUCGUUUACUGACCCGCUUUAAAGACAAAACCCCAGGGCCACUACAAAACCUGGACACACUGAUGGAGGGAACCUACCGGCAAGUUAUAGCAUUAGCAGACGCAGCUGAAGACAACCGGGAGCGUUUGAUCCAGGCGUUUGUGCGUCUGCGGAGCGCCACUCACCUGCUCAUCCUGCUGCUGUCUCUGUGGCAGGGGCUCAGCUCAGAGCAGACCGCCAUCCUGGAGGCCACACUGCUGCCCCUGCUGCAGGACACACCACAACUGGGCUGGGAGGAGAGUGUGGACGCAGCCGUCUCUCACCUCUUAAAAACAUGUCUGUCGCGCAGCCCCAAAGAUCAGGCCAUCAGCUUGAGCAGCGGCCCGCUCAGCAUCCCAAAAGACACGUCACGUCUGAAGAAACACAUCACGCUGCUCUGUGACCGCUUGGGGAAGGGUGGCCGUCUCUCUCUCUCCUCAGAAGCCAAUGUCCCUACAACCGUCAUGAUGCCAGCUGGAUGCGAGUCCAUCCCUGAGCCGAUAGUGGAGCAGGAGGAGGAAGCACCGCUGCAGCAGGACUCUGCUAAGUUCAUCAAGAAGAAACAGCCAUCCAAGAGAGUCAAGAGCAAGUCAGAUUCAUCUAAAGAAUCAUCCAAAGAGAAGAAGGAGAAAGACUCAGGAAAAGAUUCCACGAAAGAAACCAAGAAAGACUCUGGCAAAGAGAAGGAGUCUAAGGUGUCCAAAAGAGAGUCUACAAAAGAGUCCUCGAAGGACAAGGAGUCCACCAAAGAGAAAGACUCAGCAAAGGAGUCUGGGAAGGAGAAGACCAAGGUGUCCAGGAAGUCCUCGGUGAAGGUCAAAGAGAAGAAGUCCGAGGCAGGAGACGGCUGAACGAAGCUCUCGUGAUGUUAGGCGCUGCAGAGGUUAAAGCCUCAUCCCAGGGUUUUUGCUGUAGUUCUAGAGUUGAUAGCAUAGCGGCAGCAAAACCAAUCAAAAACUCACUGUUUUCACCCGAGUGGACAUGUAGGAGGAGUUUAUAUUCAGCAUGUAGUGUGUGUGUCCCGGCGGGACGUCUGAUGACGGGCUCCACGCCCCGCUGAGACGUCUGAGGAGCUCUGCUCUUAUCUCGGUCUCCGCUGGCUCCUUACAUUCCUGGAUGUGAACUGAGGUAGAAAACACCAUGCAGAGUUGGAACUAAUAGAAUGAAUAAAAUAGAAUGAAACUCAAAUGGAUGUGUAGUUUUUAAUUAUAUGUUUCAUUUCUCCGAGUGAAAUACCCACAUGCGUGUUAUCAAAUAUAUACAUGUGAUGUCGUUUCAUGGAACGUGGUGGAAGAAUGCUUCGUUUCUAGAAUGGAUCCAAACAUGGAAAGUUCAACUUCUGUUGGAUCACUGAAAUUCCUGUGUUAGAUUUCUGAGGCUGUGUUCACACUUGAUUAAAACGAACUCUGGUGUGAUUGUUCUGUCAGUGCGGCUCAUGUGAAUAAGUGUGAAUCCGAAGUAAACUAGCGGACCAAGACCUCUGAGAGGGAGGGUCUCAAUCCACUUCCAAAUGGGCUCUGGUGCGGUUUGACUGAAAUAUGAGCAGAACACGGACCAAAGACAUCUAAACCAACCUAAAACAGGACGUGAUGUCAUAAGAUGAGACCCUAAAAAGCUCAGAAUGCACAAGAUUAGCUGUUUUUUUUUCAUUAUAGUCAUAAUGUUGUCCAUUAUAGUUCAGUACAGAAACGCCAUCUCACGCCAUCCCAGAACACGGCAUUGCUAUAGAUGCUCAGAAAGUUCAUUUUCAAAGUCUUAAAAGCUGUUUCCCUUUUUCUUUUUGUAUCUUUUGGUUUGGUGUUAAAAUUGACAAUGUGAACGCUAAGCAAACCAGGACUAAAUGAAUCAUUUUAUUGUUUGUUCUGGAUCACCAAGAGAACCGAAUUACAAGUGUGAACACACCCUUAAUAAUGGACUCAGAUCAACCACUGCACCUCAUUCAUACCUGUGUAGAGAAUCCGAGCCAUUGCUGUGAUUAGUUGACACAAACAGAGUAUUAUUACAACACAGAUUAUUUUUCUAGUUUUCAAAUAUUUAUGGUCAUUCAGUAGAAAUGAUUCAUUUUCAUCUUUGAAGAAUUCUUUGAUAAACUAUAGAAAUUUGUCAAAUUAAUUUGUAAAAUGAAUGUCAGAGCAAUGUACCUUUGCAUUGUAAAAGUCACCAGAAACAUCCAUAAUUCAAAAACAUCAUUCCAUGUUACAUUUUAUAUCAAGACUUUUAUUCAUACCGGUUAUAUUUGUCGUUGUUGUUAUAUUAUUACUAUUGCUGUUAUUAUUUUCUUUGUUCCAGUUUUUGACUCAAUAUCAUUCAUACUAACUGCUAUUAUUUAAAUGUGAUAUUUUGGUACCAGCUAUUGAAGUAAACGUUUCCCUUUAAACCUGAAACAUUCUGUAAAUCAGUCACACUGUCAGAAGAGGCAAUAAACUGUCACUAAAUAAUAUCGCUUACAAAUAUUAAAAUUUACAAACGCUA